GAGAAGUAGGUGGCGUGAAAAUUAAGUGUUGUGUGCUGUUUUAGAAAAACUGCGUAGUUUUUUGUUUAUUGUUGGAUUUUUUUUUACAGUAACAGGUCCACUGCGAUGUCUUUCACACGCAGUAGUUUACUAGUCGACACAUCUUUGACUGGAGAAGUCCAAGACAUCGCUCGGAUUGUUGCUCCUGUUAAUUUGCUUUAUCAGCUCCACAAAAAUUAAUUAGAACUUUUCACAACGGACUUUUUAAAAGUUGAGACACACUUGCAGGAUUUUUUUCUUCUUCUUCUUAGAACGACCGCAUCGAUCCCUCGGCUUAUUGGAUAAAAGUUGUUCUUUUGUUGGGAUUUCUUUUAAAACAAAGUGAGAGAGACAUUAUGUCUCUAAGCAGAAGUAUCGAAUUUGAACACUUCGAGGAGAGAGAGAAGCCACAUCGGACACCGAGGACCAACUCAGGCUCCGGGUCUCAGUCUGGCUCCAGAGGCAACGGUCUGGUCCCCAGCCCCGCGCACAGCGCGCACUGCAGUUUCUACCGCACACGCACGUUGCAGUCUCUUACGUCUGAGAAAAAAGCUAGAAAAGUGCGGUUUUAUCGCAAUGGUGACAAAUACUUCAAAGGAUUGGUGUAUGCCGUGUCCAGUGAUCGGUUCAGGUCCCUGGAUGCUCUGCUUAUGGAGCUCACGCGGUCUCUGUCAGACAACGUCAAUCUUCCUCAAGGAGUCCGAACCUUAUACACGUUGGACGGGGGCAGGAAGAUCUCCAGCCUGGAUGAGUUAGUGGAGGGUGAAAGUUAUGUGUGUGCCUCCAAUGAACCCUUUCGACGUGUGGAUUACUCCAAGAAUGUCAACCCCAACUGGUCAGUAGGCAUCAAGACUGGUACGUCUCGCUCCCUGUCCUCUCUCAUCCCACUAAAGAGUGAACUGCAGCGUGAAUCUAAGGACUUCAUCAAACCCAAGUUAGUCACAGUUAUCCGCAGCGGCGUAAAACCACGCAAGGCGGUCCGAAUACUGCUCAACAAGAAAACAGCUCACUCCUUUGAGCAGGUUCUCACUGACAUCACGGAUGCUAUCAAGUUGGACUCUGGAGCUGUGAGAAGACUGUAUACUUUAGAAGGCAAGCAGAUUAUCUGCCUGCAGGACUUCUUUGGAGAUGACGAUGUCUUUAUCGCAUGCGGUCCAGAAAAACACCGCUAUGCACAAGAUGACUUUGUGUUGGAUCACAGUGGUAAGGCUUCCACAGCCUUUAUGCCUGAAUGCAGAGUGUUAAAGUCAUCAUACAGUCGCUCUGCUACUCCUCACCGGACAGCUAAAAGCCCGGGGCCUUCUCGACGCAGCAAGUCUCCAGGUGCUGCAAGACGACCCGUCCACUACUCUACCAGUCAGUCUCCAAUCAAGUCUCCAGUAAACGGUGUCUCAGCUCCGAAGUCCACAAAGUCCUCCACUCCAUCUCCCACCAGCCCCCGAACUAUCAGUCUGAAGAUCCCUUCAUCCCAUUACAGCUCCUCCCCAAACUUAAAUGGCUCACCGAACAAUCACCAGGAGCACGCCAAUCAGCUGAGUCCAGAGGUUAAUGGGAACCAGUACUCGCCAGCCUUGAGCGUCUUGGAAAAAUACAAGGUUGGCAAAGUCAUUGGAGAUGGCAACUUUGCCGUGGUCAAGGAGUGUGUUGAGAGGUCCACAGGGAAGGAGUUUGCUCUCAAGAUUAUCGACAAGGCCAAAUGCCGUGGAAAGGAACAUCUCAUAGAGAAUGAGGUUGCUGUGCUGCGGAAGGUGAAACACCCAAACAUCAUCAUGUUAAUUGAAGAGGUGGACACUCCCGCUGAGCUGUAUCUUGUUAUGGAGCUUGUCAAGGGAGGGGAUUUAUUUGAUGCUAUCACGUCUUCAGCCAAAUACACCGAAAGAGAUGCUGGCGUCAUGGUCUACAACCUCGCUGGAGCUCUGAAGUACCUGCAUGGCAUUAAUAUUGUCCACAGAGACAUUAAACCAGAGAACUUGCUGGUGUUUGAGUAUCCAGAUGGCACCACGUCACUGAAACUUGGAGACUUUGGCCUGGCCACAGUCGUGGAGGGACCACUGUACACAGUAUGUGGCACUCCUACAUACGUGGCUCCAGAGAUCAUUGCUGAGUUGGGUUAUGGCCUUAAAGUGGAUGUCUGGGCUGCAGGUGUGAUCACCUACAUCCUCCUGUGUGGCUUCCCACCAUUUAGAAGUGAAAAUAACCAGCAGGAGGACCUGUUUGAUCAAAUCCUUCUUGGGCAACUGGAUUUCCCAAGUCCAUACUGGGACAACAUAACAGAUUCAGCUAAGGAGCUGAUUGGCAAAAUGCUGCAAGUCAAUGUUGAGGCUCGAUACUCAGCACAAGAUGUCCUCUCCCACCCAUGGGUCACGGACGAUACUGUCUUGGAGAACAAUAUGAAGAUAGAGGUGUCAGGUAAACUGAAGAUGCAUUUCAACACUGCACCAAAACCCAACACCACAGCUGGAGUGUCAGUCAUCAUGAACACAGCUCUAGAUAAGGAGACCCUUCAGCUCACCACCUGUUCAGGACAACAAACGGUGUCAUGUUCACUGGGCAAGAAAGUCCCAUCUGCUCUCCCAGACGUACCAGCCUCUCCAACCAAACAGGCAUCAUGUUCUGUACCAAAAUCUACUAAGACAUCUUCAUUUGAGGCACCCAGGAACUCGGUGGCUGCUGAGCUUGAUGCUAUGUCCACCUCUGAGCCACCUGGCUGUCCUUCCCUAAGUGACAGCCAUCUUUUAGCUGCUGAGCUUGAACAGCCUCCUCCUGUAAGUUUGCUGCAGUUCUCCCCCUCGGCUGACACUUUGCCCAUCUCCUCUCCUCCUGAAACUGAGACACCUUUAUCACUCUUAGCUGCUCCAUGCUCUCCCUCAGAUCAUCCACUUCUCUCUUGUACAACUCCUCAUACACCAUUCUCCUGUCCUUCCCCUUCAUCUCCCACCAAACCUGCCCCAAACCAUUCCUCUCCCACUCAUCAGGUGUCCCCCUCUCCUGUCUCCCCCAUCCAACCAGCUGUAUUCUUUCCACUCUUCUCCCCCACAAAACAAGAGCCCUCCUCCCCCUCUGCUAUUCAUCCAACUCUCUUUCCCUCCCCUCCCUCCACACCUCCUGCUGGCCUACCUUCUCUUAGCCCUCUACUAGCAGAGGAACUUUUGGAGAAAAUCUAAAUUCCCACUCUGUCUAGUAGCUAGUUUCACCCACCCCACCCCACAAGAGAUAAGGAGGCUAAAGCGCCACACUGAGCAUUUUACUUUACUUUAUUUUAUUUUACUUUACAGCUAUAAACUGAGCCAGUGACUUCUGUGUGCACAGGAUUCUGCUUGUUCCUGUCCAGAUUUGUUUUCUUUGGUUUAUGUGAGACUGAGAACAAAAGGCAAUGUCUGAUUGUAUAUACGGUUUUAUUUAUUACUGAUGGAUAAGGAAAAGGCAAUGAACUGAGUGUUACUGUCCUGUCUUAUUUUAGCAGAAACAGUACCGAGGUAUUUCAUCAUCUUAAAUCUUGGUUCUUAACUUGGUACCAGUAUGUAGCCAUCCUGAUGGCAGCAAUUUAAGUGUCACUAUACAGUGGGUUGAUGUGACAAAUAGUGUUCACAUCUAUUUGUGAUAAUGGUUUUAGUCUAAAUCUAACAUACAAUCACAUAAAUAGGAAAGGACACCCUCUUUCAAUUCCAGGUUUUUGUGCAAUAGUAAAAAUUCAAAUAUCAGCUAGUCUUAAUUAGUACUUACUACUAGAUUACUAGAACCUCAGAUAAUCAAAAACACAUUAUAUUACACCAUGUCACUAUUUAAUAGGAACUAAAUACAGCCCAAUUACUUCCAUAAGACUGAUAAUGUCAAAGAAAAUAGUUUUUAGUGCUGAAGUUUUUGGAUCAUGUGGUGUACUAGACGAAUCCCUGAUUUGGAAAAAAAAAAAAAAAAAAAAAGAUACCAAUUUGGGUUUUCAGUCACAUUUUAUGAAGCUGUGCUAAUAUACACAUUCUCUGUUACAGACAAUAGAAAAGGAAUAAAUUUUAAACGUGUGUGGUGCACGUAAGUCUAUUUGAGUUUACUUAGCACAUAACUGCAAAGCGAUUCAAUCCCCAUUUGGAUCAGAGUGACAUGUAAAAUGUAUUUUAAAAGUCUAACCAAGGUUGGAAUAACAAUGGUUUUUUUCUAAUGUUUUGUAAACAUGCUAUCAGCUUUAGCAUUUAGCUUGGUUUUUGUUAAAUGACUUGUAAUACUUCAUGUGUUAUACAUCUGAGGUUCUAAGCAUCUAAUUUUACUUCCUGUUAAAAACUAAAUAUAUUUUCAUCAUGGCCUGAUUGAUAAAAACUGAAUGAAGGUGUCCUUUCUGUUUUAUAUAAUUAUAGUUCAUUUUGAUAGUCAGGGAAUUGAAGAUGUGAAGUAGCUUUUCCUCAAAAUAAAGAAUUAAAUGUUACAAAAAAUCUUAAAGGUAAAAAUCCUGCAGGGCAUUAAUAAAUUAUUCUAAUAUCUUCUGUUCAUCUGCACUCAUCCUCAUAGAUUUACUAUGGAAGCUGCUCUGCAAGUGGUGCUCAGCCAUUAUGUGUGAACCUGAUGGUGGUUUUAACAUCUAAAUCUGCCCUCUGGCUGCGAUACUUAUUACUGUAAGUUUAAUUCAGAAAUGAAUUAUCAACACCGAGUUUAGUGUUUACCCACAGCAAACACUAAACUCAGCUGAUCCACAGUUUUUCUGUCAGUGUAGUUCUGCAAUUUUAUCUAUUGCAGCAUUUUAAGUUCACCCACUCUCACAUGCUGAUAUUUUCAUUUACAAAUAUUUAGUGUCAACACUGUAUUGGUAAAUAGUUUAAAUAACCUAAGCUGUGUACUUUAAACUUGAAAGUUUAGUGUUUUCCUUUGUUGGAGAACUCCUCCACGCCAUACAUACUAUACAGCAUAUACAAAUAGAAAUCCACCAGAGAUUAAAUCCAAGCUUCAGAUUUGCUUUUCGUGAAGUGUAAUAUUCAAAUACGUAUUGCUUACAGCUUCAGCACAGAGAGGACACACAAUACUGGAGUUUCUUCUGAAAACACUGGCUGUGUGGAACUAGUCAACACUUCUCUUCCAGAGUAUUCAACCAGCAGUUUUUCUUCUGUUGGGUUAAUAAGAGUGAAUGUGUCGUCACAGACAGGUUUAUACCACAUCACUGGUAUCAACUUAUAGCUUAAUGAUGCCUUUACACAACGAGCUAAGUUAAAAACCGAUGUCCCACAUUCUGCACCUACACUAAAACUCCACAGCAUUUAUGUUGUUGCUUGUAGCAGAAGAUGCCUCUUUACUUCUUCAGGACUUUCUCUGCAUGGAUCCCUUACCCCCCUCUAUGUAAGGUAUAACCAUCUCACAUUCAAAAAAGUGAAGUUGGUACACAAAGUCAUUUAGAUUCUCUUCUGUAAAUGUAGUUGAAGUGGAUUUGCUUUGUGAUUUGUUAAAGGACACUAGGAUGAAGGCAGGUUACUGGUUAAAUAACUUGUAAAAGUGCAGUAACGGGUUUUAUUAGGCAUAGAACAGCUGAUUUUAAUGUCUUGUUUUGGAAAAGUCAAGCAAAAAAAAAACGAAAAAGCAAUAAAGAUUUUAAAUUGUU